ACAAUACACCUAAUUAUACUUGUUUUAAAUCUGAUAAUAAAGAAGCUUACUUUGGCUGUGAUAGUAUGAUCCUUCAUGAAAAGGAAUAUAAAUCAGCUACUCCUGAGCAAGUAGAGUUAACUGAAAAAGUUUUGCAAUUCACUGCAGAUAGUAUUAUUGCUGAAAAGAGCAAAGUGAUUGCGAGAUUAUACAAUGAAAUAGCCUUUAGAUACAUUACUAUUGAACUAAAUAAAGUAUUACAAGAACUUAUACAAAAAAUAGAAGAAGAAAUUAAUUGCCACAAUUUUUAUAUUUCCUUAUAA